AUGAUCGCGGGUUCUAUAGAGUUUAUAACUGGUGAAGAUCGUAUUGAUGUUGCUACCAAAUACUAUGGAGUCAAUAUCACGUAUGAUAUGCUCAGUUUCAAGGCAAACUUAAAGGCAAAUCACGUUUUAGUUGUGGAAAAAUAUACAGUCUUUAUGAGUCUUUGUCACAGCAGAAUUUGGAAGAAACUACCCAUCAUUUUAAUCACAGGUUGCGGAUUUCCCAGUAAUAAUACUAGAAAACUAGUAGAAGACCUUUCUAUGAAUUCUGACAUUGAGAUCUGCUACCUGGGAGACUAUGAUCCUCAUGGGUUUCUCAUAUUUUUAUCCUACGCAAAAGGUUCUGUAAGCACAAGAAUAAAUAGCCUCAUACCGGAUGUCCACAUAAAUAGGAGGAAAGGGAAUAGAUACAAAUGGAUAGGAAUACGUGCGAGUGAUGUCGAGGAAUAUGGCAUCAAGAAAGUAGUGGAUUUGACAAAAAGAGAAAUGAGAAUAUUGGAAAAUCUAAUCUCCGAUCCAGAAGUAGCAGAAAACACCCUGUUGAGGCACGAAAUUGAGCAGCAAAGAACAGUACAGAAAAUAGAAAUUGAAGCGCUGGAAGAGUCAACCAGCACUGGAGUAUUAUUCGAGUAUGUUAUCAGGAAAAUAUUGAGCCGAGAGUGGAUAGAAUUCUAG